AUGAUGUCGAUGGUUGAAAGAGAUCGCUAUUCGGAAGAAGAGGAUGUUACUGAAGAAAAUAUUAUUCGAACAAAACGUUGGUUUGUUAUUUUAGGUGAUCCAGGAAGUGGAAAAACAAGUUUUGCUCGAUGGCUUGUUGGUAAGUCUAUUGUUGAUGAUUCAUCAAUAUCUCUGGAUAAUUUAUCAUGUGCUCUUCAAGAUUAUAUUAAACAAGGUCAAGCUCUAAUCAUACUUGAUGGUUUUGAUGAGCUUCCUGUUUCUGAUCAACGUUCAAAAAUUAUUAAUCUUGUUGAAAAUUUUGUCGAUACUUAUGUUCAAACACUUAUGGGUACUUCUGCAUUUGAUGAUCAAUAUUUGAGUAGACUAUUUGAUGAUCUAUCUAAAUCAGGUGGUAAUCAAUUAAUUGUCACUAGUCGUAUUGUUGGUUAUCAUGUUGCUCCAUUAGCUGGUCAAUUUGCUCAUUAUACAAUUCGACCUAUGGAUAUGGAACAUAUGAAAGAUUUUGUCGACUAUUGGUUUUUUCGUGUUCAUCAACGUAUACUUGACACAUUCAAUCUUUCAUUAAUUAAUCAAGAAGAGAAUCAUGCUUCCAAUUCUUGUUUAAUGUCAUUUAUUUGUAGUGUAGCUUUCAGUCAAUUAGAAGAUUCAUCAUUACCAACUCAACGUAUUCUACUAGAUGAAGGAAAUAUUAAUUCUAUGUCAAGUUUGUGGAGUACGAAAAGAUCGAGCAUUUCAAUACGAGAAUUAAUUCAAAUUUUUAGUAAUAUUGCAAGUUAUAUUCAUGGAAAUUCUUCAUCAGAGUCAUUAAGUAAAAACUUUAACACUAAAGAUCAUAUCCGAGAUAUUGAACAUCAAGCAUGCGAGUUCGUACAAAUUAUUCGUGAAGAUGUUGGUAUUUUAGCUGCUCGAGGUGAAUCACUCUAUAGUUUUCUUCAUUUAACAUUUCAAGAAUAUUUUACUUGUUUAAAACUCAUCAACAUAGAAACAACGAAACAAGAGAAAGAACAAACUUAUACAUCUAGUUUACAAAACAAAAUUCAAUUCAUUGCUCAAUCUGUACGAUAUCGUACAAAUGAUCCACAUUUUCAAGUACCUAUUGCACUUGCUCUAGGCAAGAUUAGUUCUUCAUGGUGUCAAAAAAAUUUUGUUAAUUUUUGUUAUGAAUUUAUAAAAGAACAAGAUGAAUAUGAUUCUCUUUUACCACUUGGUGCAUAUAUGUUAAUUAAGUGUGGUAAUGAUCUUGUAAAUUAUCCUUCUCAUGAUGUUUUAUUUAAUGCUUUGGAUCGUUUAAUAAUUGCAGCUGGUCAACAUAAAUGGUCAAUUGUUUGUUCAUUUCUAUUCGAUCAAAUUAUAAUUUCAUUAAGAAAAUUUCGACAUGAUAUUGUUUCAUUAUGGAUUAUUAAACUAUUGUCUCAAUUUUAUCAACAUGAUAUUCAAACAAUAUCAGCUCUUUGUCAUCUCAUCGAAGGAAAACCUCAGGAAUUUGAAAAUAUCAAGUGGUUAAAUCAAUCAUCUUGUGCAAUGCUUCAAUUUUUGUCAAUACUUGAUAAUGAAAAUAAUGAAUUUGCUAUUGAUCGACUAUUAGUGAAAAUUGCUUUCUCCAAUCAUCACUUAUUACCUGUUAAUCCAAGCAGUUUUAAAGGAUUUUUUCUUGAUGAAGAAAUAGAACUGAAUUCAAUUUCUAUUAUUCUAUUUUCUAUCAUCAUCAGUUUAUAUGGUGGUUUGAAACGAGAUGGUUCUGAUAUUGUCUUUGAUGUAUUUCAUACUUAUCCAGAAUAA